CAUGAAAUCGGGCGAAACGUUUUCCAAGAACCAUUGGAUUUGAAGGCUGUCCGGUCCCAGCUCCCGAGGCGAAGGGCACCCGCACCUAGUGGUUCCCUAGCUUUUGUAAGGAUGCGAGCCAAAGUAAAGGUCACGAGGGACAUGCACAUUAGUGUGGGAUAUUGGCUUGCUUGCUGCGCAUGGCUUUUGGCAACUGGCCCCCUUCGUUACGCAGAGGGCGGAUGUGGCAACCGGGAGACCCACAAAUGCUGCCCGGGCCGGAAUAACGAUUGCUCCGACUUCUCUCGGAGGAGAACGCCGUGUUACUGCGACACUUACUGUGAGAAAACAGGAGACUGCUGUGAAGAUUAUCAUGCUGUCUGUCAGAUAUCAGCUGUCGAUUGCGUGGUCGGCCCUUGGGGACCUUGGAGCGCAUGCAGCUCUUUGUGUGGCACGGGCAGCAAAGACCGGACGCGUCAGGUCACUGUGCCCCCUCGAAACGGGGGAACCCCCUGUCCGGAUCUCAAGCAGAGGAGAGGCUGCCUCGGAGAUCACCCUGUUUGCAAGACGGCGAAAGAGGUGGCUAAGAUUCUGCCUGAUUCUUUUAAAAGGGACUUUAAGGACCCCUGGAGAAGACCUCAUCUGCUAAUGAGGGAGAAGUCACCAAGUUACUGCAUCUACUUCCGUCUGAAACAGUCGACGGCUGCCUGUCGCCUGCACCUCUGGAGCAGCCAGCUGGUGAGAGAAAGGCGCGUCUGCGUGGAGUGCCAACGGGACGCCGUAGGCAGCAAGAAACGAUGCCAAGGAGACGGGCUUCUAGGAUCCAGAACAUUCUGGACUGCGGCUUCCAUCACCAGCUGUCAGGGAUCCUGGGUGCAGGAGUCUUCGCAAGAAAGUUGUGCGUGUCCUCAGCAAUCCUUUAUCUUUGUAUGACCUGUCCAGCUGGGUGACCAACAUGAGAG